CGUCUUUUCACGGUAAUAUUCGAUGUGCUGCCGCUGCCUCGGUAGGGUCGAAAACGCUUGGCAGGUUUUCAGGCAACUUGACUCACUCUAUUGCAUGCAUCUAAUUAGGCCCGUGCCCUUGCCAGGUUCCUAUGUAGCGUCUAGACCAUCCAUAUAUUGAGUCUCGAGGCUUGCAGACUCUCUUCUGCUCAAUCCGGGACAUAUGACUUUCGAGCGCACUGGAUUAGCAGGCACGCUUCCGGAGUCAUGACCGCAAUCCAGUCUGCGUCUAUGUCAUCUCCGUUUGGGGCAAACCCAUGUCCGCACUCUACCCAGAAGAGGAAGGGCUACAAGAAGAUCCGGUGGACAGGCGCCUAUGAUCCGAAAGCAAAAUCCUCCCGUGGUAAUGACCCUUUCGUGCAAUGGCGACCACCAGGGUCAAAGGAGUCGGAGGUGAAUGAACCGAAAACCAUCACACUAAGACAGGAGCCAAAGCAAUCCGAUGAGGCAAAUCCUUCACUGCGAGUGAUUGCAGCAUCACCUCUUCAACCUCUGCCAUCGAAUGGGACACGAGUCGAUCCAUUCUUGUGCUUGCCAGUCAAAGCCACCGAUUCUGUCAGAAACAGCAUGGACUACUUUGUGAUGAUCUGUAAAGGCAUGAGCAAGGAAACCACGAUCCUGGCUGGUCCAAAUGCUCACCUCUCCCUGUUGUUACCGUUCGCCCUCGAACAUGCCAUCCUAUUCGAGUCAAUGAUGGCAGUAUGUCGUGCGUCAGUCCUGCUGUCUCUUGGUCGACCAGCCUUCGAAGACUCCGCUUUCAUCCAGCAUCGGGGAAAUGCAAUCGCAGGGCUCAACAAAGCCCUCCGGUCCACAAAGUGUGGAGAUGAUGCCUCGCUAUUGACGGUGACAAUGCUCAUGACAUUGGAAUACCUCGUUGGAGACCACCGGAGCGUACAUAUGCACUGUCAGGGCUUGGAGAAAAUGCUACAACUACGAAAACAGUUUCCGGAAGAGGAAGAAGAUACUGACUGGUCGAAAUUUGUCAAGCUUGGUUUGAUGGCCUACAAGGCUCUAGGAUCAUUUGUGACCGGUCAACCACCAGACAUACCGUCUGAUUCACCAGGCUUUCUCAAGGAGACAUUCGAAGACCUCGCGCUCGACAAGCCUCUAUCUUAUCCGGAGCCACCAUUCUCCACGGACCUGUGCAUCAUCCUUUCUCGUCUUCCCUCAGGCUUCUCGGAGCUUUGUCUAAAAUCCCGGAUCUCAGUCCAAAUGAUAAAUUUGCUCGCAUCGGUAUCCGGCGCCGCUACACUCUUGACGACAAAGACUUUGCUUGAUGGCGUCUAUCUAUCUCCACCUGCUGAAGAUUCACCCUACGGAGAGGAAAAUCGACGAGUUAUGAUCCAGACCCUGCUUUCGUCGUUGCAGCGCAUGUCUCUUACUACAACGGUGCCAGUCGAACACAACUUGACCUCCGGCCUUCUUGCCUAUGCAUUUCAACUGCGUAGUCUUUCGCAGCUUACCUUAUUUUACGAUCCUCUGCUUCAAAACUUUGUCACGACACUGCCUUAUCACCUAAAACCUUCAACCCCGGAAGAACAGCAUGGGCUUAUCUGGGCGAGCAUAGCUGCUGCAGGUGCAUUAGCAUUGCGAGCCGUCCCCUUCCCAGGCGCGCAUACAGUUAUGGACCAUGCACUCGAGCUCUAUCCACAGGCGCGAACUUGGUCGCGUCUGGAGGUGAUUUUGCGCAGGUUCUUCUGGACCAAUGAGAUACUUGCUCAUUGGAAGACUGUUUGGGAGAUGGCCAUGAAGCGAAGGCAACACCUUCUUCGCCGAGAAAAAGGUAACAUCCAGGCUCUUGCACCGAUGCAAUCGGAAUGGUCAGACCUCGACCAUGAAGCAAUAUCCAACCAUAUCAAAGGUGCACCCAGAGCGAUGCGUGAAAUGAGUCAAGCCAUGGGCAUCUGCCCGUUCCGUCCCAGACCCUCGUCCGAAUUGACUGUUGAUGGGUGACCGUGAACCUGCCGAUAACCAGAACCUGGUCGCUCGCGUAAUUUCCACUUCUCGAUGGCCUCUGUCGCUCAGCAACCGUAGAGGUCGUCGUAUCUCUCUUCACAACCACCGGUCGUGCGACGAGUGAUGAUGAGAGCAGCCCGAUACCCAUUUUGAACAAGGCAAGAAAACG